AUGGCAACUGAGGCCCAGCCGGCUGCGCGCCAGUCGGCCACGGGCAAUGCUCGCGGUGGCGGCAGAGGCGGCAGAGGGAGUGGCCGUGGUCGAGGCGGCCGAGGAGGCCGCGGAGGAGGCCGAGGAGGCAAUUCAAACUCGGCAACGCCCAAGCAGACGCCAAACAACUCGUCUGGCCGCGCCCCGACUCGCCGUGGCAGAGUCAAGAAUUUCACAGACAUGCGCGUCCAGGCCGCCUAUGACCGCCAGCGCGACCUCAAGGCCACCUAUCAGAUGGUUGCCAACGCUGUCAAGCCUGCCCUCGAGGAGCUCUGUAUUCGCCAGGUCGAUCAGUUGCUCGACAACUAUGACCCCAACAACCAGUCGCCCGACAUGGUGCGCAUGGCCGCUGAGCUCCAGCAAAGAUACGACACCGUCAUCGCCGAACAUGACGCCGCCCUCCACCAUAAACUACAAGGCGUCGAACGCCGCCACAACGCUGAGACCCAAAUCGCUCAGCAGAGCUUCGAGGACAACAUCGAGGACCUCUAUGAACAGUAUUAUGACGGAGUUCUGAACAGACUCCGCAUUCUUUCUUCGCUGCAUGAGAAGAACCUUCCCGUCGAUGUUCGUGAUGAUCGCUUCGAGUACAAGGCAAUCGAUGAUGAUCAUCUGGAUUUCGACUUUGGACCCUAUAGGGAGUAUCUAAACGGCCAUCUUGUUCCCGUCCCUCACCUCGUCGAGGGUACGAGGAGGUGGGCAGAGAAUCAGGCCAGGAUGGCCGAGGUCGAGGCCGAGAAGGAGGCCGCUGCUGCUGCAAAGGUCAAGGCUACCAAGGGACGGACCGCCGCGGCGAAACGCAAGCCCCAGGGCCAGCCAGAAGGGCAGCCGACUCCAAAGAAGGCGACCCGCACUUCCACCCGCAACGCCCAGCUUCUCCCGCCCGCAGAGAUUUCCUCCCCUCUUCCGGCAAAGGGCCUGCUCGCUGCCGCUAAAGAAGCCGCCGCUGAAGCAGAAGCUGGCACCCCGGCUGCCGAAGAGGGUUCUGCCCCGACUUCCCCAGAGGCCUCGAGCCCCCGCAACGGCGACGUCGACGCUCCCAAGGGUCUCAUGAGCCCAAAUAUGCCCAAAAAUGCCGGUCCAGCAGACGAGUAUGGUGUCCGCAUGUACACCCAGAGGGCGUCCGACAAGACGCUUCACAACCGAUUUAUCGUGCCGUGCUCCUUUGCCUUUGAAUCCCACGAAAUCGGCUUCAGAGACUCGACAAACGAUCCGUCUCGCCAAAAGGUCAAGUCAGUCAACAAGUACACCGGCACUCCAAAUAGCAGCGCCAUCCACCUGGACCACAGAAUCGUUAACUACGACUUCUCCACCCUUACUUCGGACGACUUUGACCAGGACCUUAUCCAAAAACACAACCUCCACCCACGCUAUGGCAUGUGUCUGCCCGGCGGUGUCAAUGAGUACGUCGAGGCUGACCCAUACGUCAUGCCGGGCAAGCCUGUUGUCUUCAUCGCCAACCCUUCGGGCCGUGUGGUUCACGCGUCACGCUCUUUCCAAAGCACGACCGCUCAACGCAGCGCCGAUGAAGCGCCGCUGCGAGCCCACAUGAGCGCCGCGGUCCGUCGCUUCUGCAAGAGGGCAGACGUUGAACCCGAGCACGUUGCCGUCACCGAAUACCUUGAAUCCAACCAAGACAUCCGCACCAAGUCUCUCGGGACGGCGGACGAGGAGAUCAGAGCGAGCGCCUUUCAAUUCGACGCCAUGUCCUCGAGCGAGGAAGAGGCACAAGAAGUGGUGCAGGAGGAGAUGGCGACUCCCGAGCAGCCCGGUGGCGGCAUGCCUGCUCUGUCCAUGCUCGCAUACGCCACGGCCUUUGAGGAAGCCAAAGAUGCAACCCGCUCCACGCCCUCUGCCUCCAAAACCUCACGUUACGACGCGAUCCGCGACGUUUUCACCUCGUCGAGACCCGAUCCCGCCCCGCUCCCCGAUGACGAUACUCUGGGCCUCAACUUUCUUGCGCGGAUCUGCAAUGUUAAGCCUCGUCUCCCCGGUUCUGCUCGCCAGGUCGACGAGGCACCACAGGCCGCUCUCAUGCCAAACUCGGAGGUUUCUCGAGCCGUGGUGUACGAAGAGGCGCCUUCGGUUGUGCUUCACGGACACGAUUCCGUCAGCCGGGGACUUGGUCAGCAAUCGGCCGCCCUGUUCACGCACAACCAGCCGCGAGAGCCGGUGCCUCUGCAGACAGCUGGUGCUGUUCAUGCCUCGAACGUGGAGCCGUCCGCAUAUCCUGUUCAGCAGGACCCAGGCAUGCAGCAUUACCCACAGACGAGGCUUACCGAGUUCCCCCAGCAUCACUCUCUCCCCCCACAGGGCCACCCGCUGCAGGACCAAAACGCCUAUUACCCUCCUCCUGGAUAUCCGACGCCCAAUCAUCGCGAUGCCCACAUGGCAUCUGGCCGCCCCGUCGACCCGGGCUUCAAUCCUCGCGGAAUGGCAGGAUAUGGAAGCGAAGCGCCUCCUCCCCCUACCCAAGCCUUUGGCGGCCUCGUCUUCUGGCCCCAGCAUCCACAGCAAGGCCCCUCCCCCAUCGCCCCAGCUGCCGUUCCGGUGCAGCACCAAUAUCCACCGCCGCCUGUUCCUCCGGGCGCCCCGCACCCGAGAAUCCCGUUUUCUCACAAUGCGAGCGCGGAGCCACUGCCGCCUCUUCGCCCCCCUCGCAGCCGCAGCCAGGCUCUUCACGAGGAGCCGGUUCACGAUGCCAGGAUGCGCUCCAGCAUGCACGCCGGCAUGAACCCGUACUAUCCGCCUGCGCCUCCGCGCGCCGCCUUUCCCCGCGGCUAUACGGAGCCCCCUCAUCCCGCAUCGCAGCCCAUGGGCCCCGACCGAGUCUUGCCCAGCCCCCACCAUCCACCCCAACAGCAAGCGUACAUGGGGUCGCCUCCUCCCCCGGGCUUCGCUCAUCAAGCUCCCCAAGCAAUGUCUCCCACGUUCGGGAACCCGCCAGCCAUGGCUGGCCAGAUGGUCCAGCAGAGCCCUCCGGGCACACCGCAGGUGGCACCUGUCCCCAUGCUCCAUCACCGCGCGACGCCUUCCAACGAUGUCGCAAACGGCAAAUACCGCAAGCUGCAGCCUGCGCCAGUUCCCGCUCAUCGAGCCUGGUCCAACAAGCCUGAGCUGAAGACCAUUUUCUACGACCACAAGGAGACGGGCGCGUCUGCCGCCCUGCCCAAUUCCGGGCCUACCCAAAUUCGGGGCUGGAACAAUCAGGAUGCUCCCUCGGCCAGUUUCGCGAUUCCAGCCAUCCCCAAGCGUCCAUGUGUUCGAUUCGCACUGCCUCCCGGGAUGCCCUCGCUGCGGGAGACGACGCCGCACCCGCGCCCGGGCCCCAAGAUGGUGGCAGCGCCGAUGCCGACGGAUUUGGUCAACAUAGCAUCCAUGGCCAUGUUCGGUUUUGGGGCGAUCCCGACCAUUGGAUCUGCUGAGUCUUCGGAGAGACCCCUGAAGAAGCGCCUCCGCCCCCGCAGGGCCAGGAACUGA